UGUUUUCAAGGAAGAGUCGGUGGACUUCGACAAGUCUUGCUCUCAACUCGUUUGCUUUGAAACGAUUUAAAACACCGUUCUGUCUUUGUUCUCGUCCGUCGGCUUUUCUUUUGGAGAAUAGUUUAAGGACGAGAAGCGAGGUAAGCGCCGUUUGUUUCGUGUCGUUAAAACUAAUCUUUUAAGGGGAGGCCGAAAGAGGAAACGUCGACGGCUGUGGGAGUUUUGCGAGUUUGUGAUUUAAAUCUUUGAAUGCGUUGCUCGCAAAUUGAACGGGAUUUCCGUUCAACGCGCGUGCCGCUAUAACUUCAUGUACAUUCCGUCGCCUGAGGCGAAAGAACCGACUCCUAGCUCCUGAAUAUUAAUUAGCUCACGUAAUUAAUAUUCAUGAGCCGAGCCUUCCCCGUAGGACGCGUUAAUUCGUCAGCUAGCCACGCCCUCGCAGCUCAGCCAAUCAAAGACGUGCACUCGUGACGUUUUUGUUUGUUUGUACUCUUAACAAAAACGAUUGAAUAGCACGUUAAGUGUGUUGUCACCGUAAAUAUUGUGCAUUUUCACACAAAUAAAACUACCAUAUAGGCUUUUUUUGUCUUUAAAACUGGCUGUCAACAUAAAAUAAUUUGCCAUUUGAAAAUGCCACAGUUUUCAUUGAACAUGAAGCACUAUAUUAUUAAAUUUGGCUAAUGUUACCUUUAUUUGACACCGUUUUGUUCCUCUAUAUAAUGUGGGUACCCCUGUCCUACAUUAUAACCUUAACUUAUGUAAUUAAUAUUCAGGAGCCAUUGCUUACACAUGCGUCAGCCGGGCCGCCAGGACAAAAAUAGUUAGGUAUUAGUGUCUUGAGUGUUUCUCAUAGCAGAUAGGUCAGACUCAAUGUGUAUCCGUCAUCAGUGGUGUGACCAACAGUUACAAAAAAACUAAAUCAGUGAACAGAAGUGUUUUAGGUGUGUCUGUUUUGCUCAUUUGAGUCGGUAUUUCCACUUUGCCGUUAGUUAUGCGUACACACGUUACGUAUCGGUUUACACUAAGAAUGCUAAAAAGUCAGAGGCGCAAAAAACAAUAGCACGGACAGGUGAACGCCCUCCGAGCAGGUCGUCCCGUCCAACCGGUCUGUGUUUUAAUGAGGCUCUCUUUAAUUAAAGGGCUUGCUGUUGUUAGUGUCAUCAUUACACUUCACUGCUUGAGUGCUUUGUUCAGCAGGACGGUCUGGAACGAUCGGUGUGAUGCAGAAACUCCAUCCCUUUAAGUCAUCUUCACAGAGCUCGUCCAUACCCACAGCUUCAGUUAAUAACGAUGGCAAACAGGACACACCUGUCAGGACAGGAGAGGCAGCAGAGAGCCAGGAACCUCAGCACAAGCAGGAUCCUGGAAUAAUCAUGGGAACGAUUCAAAAAUUAAAUCCAUUCAGGUUUUUCUCGCAGAACAGGAGCAGCGAGCCUCUUAUAGACUCUGCAGCAGCUCCGGCAGAUGAGAAGACUCAGGAUCACGGUGGGAUGCGAGACCAUCUGAAAUCGGCAGCUCAGGUGUCUGGUCGAGGAGAGGCGUCGUCUGCGGGAGACAAUACCUCGUCUGUGGUCGUUGACAAAUGUUUGACCACACAGAUAAGCUCUGAGGUUCAGACAGCAGAAACUGAUGUCGUCAGGUCCAGGGAAGGAAAUCCUCUGGACAAUGAAGACGAUGAAGAUGGUCUGCUGGCCUGGUGGACAACAGUGGAAGGUUGGAGUGAAUGGAAUGAGUCAAAACAGUUUAAUGAGGAAGAUGGAGAACGAGCAAUCGAAGCCGCUGCUAACCGCGUUUUCAUGGCUGCCAAGUUAUUUGUCCACCUGCUGUCUCAGCGCGAGCCAUCGCUGCAGCUGCGCAUCCACGAGCUACUGGCGUUAGCGGACGCCGCCGACAGCUUCCACAAGAAAACGGUGACGGCGAGCGUGGGCGGGGGGGUGGCCAGCGUCGCCGGCAGCAUCACCACCAUCACUGGCCUGGUUCUGGCGCCCUUCACAUUCGGGACGUCCCUCAUCGUCACAGCGGUGGGCAUUGGGGUCGCGACCGCGGGCGGCGUGACUUCAGCUUCCGCUAACAUCACCGACACGGUUCACUCCAACACGGACAGGAAGAAGGUGGAAAAGAUGAUCCAAGACUAUCAGCAGGAAAUCAAAGAUAUUAAAGAAUGCCUGGAAUUCCUACAGGCCGGGAUGGAGACUCUGGAGGAGUGGAACUUCGAGCAGUACGUGGACAGCAUCUCCAAACGGGCUCUGAACCAGAACGUGAAGCACGUUCUGAAGGAGGGCGGCCGGGCCGGGAAAGCGCUGCUGGUGAACACGGAGAACCUUAUCAACACCGUCCAGGUGCUCAGCGUGGCCGGAGGAGCCGCCAAAGCCGCGCAGGUCAUCAGUGUCACCACCGGCGUCAUGUCGGGCCUCUUCCUCGCCCUCGACGUCUUCUUCCUCGCCAAGGGCUCGCUGGAGCUGCGCAAGGGCGCCAAGACCGAGUUUAUGCCCAAGAUCCGAGAGGUUUGCAAGGAGCUGCAGGACGGACUGCAGGAGCUGAGGAGAAUCCAGCGACAGCUGCAGAAAACCAUGGACGGGGUUGAGAUGGAGGAAGAGGAAGAUGGAGGUGAUGGAGAGGAUGGGGAAGAGGAGGAUGAUGAAGAGGAGGUAGAAAAUAGAUCUGAAUCGAGAAAAGAUUCCAGCUAGAGAAACAUGCAAAUUAAAGAUCACACGAUGGUAUCCAGUAAUACAAUUUAUUUUUUCUUUUAUUAGAAAAUACGUUUUUAUUAUUAUUAUUAUUAUGAUGAUGACAAAAUUAAAUUGCAUAUUGUAGAGUGUGUAAAGGCAAAUAUUAAAUAAUAAUAA